AUGCUCGACAACCCAGGAAGUCAAAUUACAGGAAGGAAAACACCGAUUAUAAAUUGUUCAUCCAUCUAUCUAUCUAUCUAUCUAUUUAUCUAUCUAUCUAUCUAUCCCAGUCUAUCCAUUUCUAGCUUCAUUCUGUUCAUAUCUAUUUAUCUCAGUCUUUUCAUAUCUAUCUAUCUAUCUAUCUAUCUAUCUAUCUAUCUAUCUAUCUAUCCCAGUCUAUUCCUUUCGAGCUUCAUUCUGUUAAUAUCUAUUUAUUGCAGUCUUUUCAUAUCUAUCUAUCUAUCUAUCUAUCUAUCUAUCUAUCUAUCUAUUCCAUCUUUUCAUAUCUAUCUAUCUAUCUUUCUAUCUAUUCCAGUCUAUUCCUUUCUAGCUUCAUUCUGUUCAUAUCUAUUUAUCUCAGUCUUUUCAUAUCUAUCUAUCUAUCUAUCUAUCUAUCUAUCUAUCUAUCUAUCUAUCAGUCUGUCAUUCGAAUGUUCCUUCAAUGUGGUUGAAUCAAUCUCUCCCCCUUUCUCUAUCUCCAUUGGUGUAUCUCUUGAACCCCCCUCUCUCUCUCCCGCUCUCUGCCUCUCUCUCUCUCUCUCUCGAUCUAUCUAUCUAUCUAUCUAUCAAUCUAUCAAGUUGUAG